AUCGAUUUAGUGAUGCCGCGACAUAUUUACCUAAGCAAAUACUUCGAUUCCAACUGCAUACGCGUCGCUGGCAUGUGCGCAAAAUGUUACGAAGAGCAGACGGAUUGCAAGAUAAUUGGCGUGAACCGUCGUUUCCUACGUACGAAUUAUUCUAAGGACAUGAAAAGGAAUUUCGAGUACAAUCUGUACAGGGAACGAGCGCUCGAUGAGAAGCUGUCCAAGUGGGAACCGCCGAAGUCACCGCAUCAUCUGAUCGAAGAGACCUUGUACUCGACGCCUUGGCGAUUAUUGGUUGGGACAAUUUUCCUCAACAAAACCAGAGGGAAACUGGCGAAACCGUACAUGGAUAAGUUCUUCGACGAUUUUCCGAACGCAGCCAACGUGAUCAUGGUCGAACCGGAAGCGCUCGCGACUUACUUCGAAAAGUUGGGUUUGAAAAAGCGCGCCGGGCACGUGUGGCAUCUGUCUCGUGAUUAUCUGUCAAAGUCUUGGCGCAGGGCCCGCGAACUGAGCGGCAUCGGGAAAUACGGGGACGACGCCUUCGAGAUCUUCUGCAGAGGUAACAUGACCGUCGAACCGGAUGACCGUUACUUGAGGAUCUACAAAGCGUGGUAUCUAAAUACCAAAAAAUGAAACUUCAUCUGUCAACCAAUUAUUCACACGAAAUCGAAAAACAAGUUCAUAUACACGUAAUAAGACAUUGCUUGUAAAAUAACAUGAUUUAAACGUAAAUUGCGUUUGGCAACGAUAAUCGGUUUUAAUGUUAAUGUUUCAUUAAAGAUAUUUAUGUGCUGGCAUCUAAAUACCUUUGGAUUGGCAGCGCUGUAAACCUGUAAACGUCAGUUUUAUUUGAAUUUAUUCUAAAUUUUUAUUACUUUAUUCCGAACAAAAUUUUUGAGUGAUUAAACUCACAUAAAAUGAAAUGGAUGACAAGGAGUACGUUGAAAUACUGAAAGUGUUGUUAGUGUUAGGGAUAUUUAUUUUUUUGGAUUGGCAGUACUAGUCAGUUACCUGUAAACGUCAGUUUUAUUCGAAACUUUUUGGUUUAUUUCGAACAAAAUUAUUGUGUUAUCAAACGUUUCUUUCUAAAUUGUUUUGGACACUCGCAAAAUUAUGGAGGACAAGGCGUAUAUUGAAAUGCUGAAAAGGCGGCAGGACGAGAUCAAGAAGUGCAUCGAAUCGAUGCCCAGAGAGUGCAGCAUGAAAUACGUGCAAAACAAAUAUGUUCCAGAGAAUAAGUA